AUGGCAUGCACAGCCUGCAGCAGCAGCAGCAGCAGCAGCAGCAGCAGCAGCAGCAGCAGCAGAUACGCAACACCAUUCAACCACCACACCCGUCUCACCACUCCCCUAUCUGCAAAUCCUGCAGCUCCACCAGCAGCAGCAGAAAGCAGCAACAGUAGCAGCAGCAACAACAGCAGCAACCGCAGCAACACCAGCAGCAGCAACAACACCAGCAUCAACAACAACACCACCAGCAGCAGCAACAACACCAGCAGCAGUAGCAGCAAAAACACCAGCAGAAACAGCAGCAGCAACAGCAACACCAACAGCAGCAGCAACAGCAGCAGCAACAGCAGCAGCAGCAUCAACAGCAGCAGCAACAGCAACAGCAGCAGCAACAGGAGCAGCAACAGCAACAGCAACACCAACAGCAACAGCAGCAGCAGCAGCAGCAGCGCACGGAAGUUUGAUCAGCAAAGCUGA